AUGGGCAUCCCCAAGUACCACAAGUGGCUCACGCAGCGGUACCCCGAUGCGUUUGCAGAGGCAAGCGAAGAGAGUGCCGAUCACGUGUACGUGGACAUCAACACGUUGCUCCACGAUUGCAUGCGCCAUGCUUCAAGCGAGGAGGGCUUCUAUCAGCAUCUUUUUCGCAAGCUCGACGCCCUCUUCCGAAUUGUAGUGCCGUGGAAGAGUGUCUUCCUGGCAGUAGACGGACCCGCAUCCUGUGCGAAGUGUUUGACCCAGCGUCAACGCCGCAGGGCUCAUGCUCAGAAAGAUGCCAGGAGCUCGAAAGGGACAGGCAGAGGUAAAGGUGGCAGAGGGAAGCGAGGAAAGUGGGAUGGCGGUCGUGGCAUGUCAUCCGAGCAGCUGUCGAACAACAUGCUAACACCAGGUGUGCCUUUCAUGACGAAACUGACCAGCGCCCUUGAGUAUUAUGCAGCGAGCCGGAUGGCCAGUAAUGGGUGCUUUGCCAGCUGUGAGGCGGUCACCGUGAGUGGAGCGCAAGCAAUCGGCGAGGGUGAGCACAAGAUUGUUUCCCAGAUGUUGCGCAACGCGGGCACUGCUGCCGGGGAGUCUCAUGUCAUCUCGAGCGGUGACGCGGACAUCUUCUUGCUCUCGCUGGUGCAAAGCGCGUGCCGACAAGUGCGGGUUGUCUCCGACCGGCCGGACGCGAGUGAGGGCGGCAAGAGGCGAAGGGGCACGCUGCAGAUCUGGAAUGCAGAGGUGCUUGCCAGGUACAUACAGGCAGAGCUGUCGCGACCAGGCGUGCCUCGCACUUCACCAGAGGAAGCAACUUUGCGCCGCGAUUUUGCUCUGGUGUCCUUGUUGGCUGGGAACGACUACUUGCCGGAACUGAAGUGCAGCCUAAAUCCCCAGCAGCUGUGGGAGCAGUAUUUGACUCUGAGGCGUAAGAAGUUCCCUUCAACGUCGCUUCUGCAAAGCUCGCCCUCGGAGGAAGGUCUGCCGCUCUCGCACCGGGAGGGCGGCUGGGCGCUCGCAGUGGGGGAAAGUGGCGCUGCAUUUGCCGUUGAGCCUUAUGAGCAUUUCUCCUUCAACUUGUCCUUCUUGUCCAAGUUCAUGACUGUUGCAGCAGGGGGAUCGGUAGCACCAUCCAAACUUGCUGGCAGAGCAUCGGAGGGUGUGCGAAGAUAUUUGGAGGGGUUGCUGUGGAUUCUGGAGAUGUACCACCAUGGCUAUUGCGGCGACUUCUACUUCGUGCUGGAGAAGAGCUUGCACAGCUUUGCAAGCGCGCGGCUGAUCACGCAGUUCCUCCCGUCGCUGCAGCCGGAGGCACCCUUGGCUCCUCCGAGGUCGGAGUGCCAGCCCAUGCGGCCGAUCUCCUGCGCCAUCUGCAUCCUUCCGGUGCAGAACGCAGAGCAGUACCUGUGCCCUGCUGCCCCGAUGCUGGAGCCCAUGUUCGGGGUGGAGCACCCUCUCUUGGGCUCGGUGAAUGCCAUCGAGCGAUGUGAGGUUUUGAAAGACUGCAAGCAGAAGACUGCUUGGCUCCAGCAAGAGAUGAUGAGCCUCCGGGCACAGGGCUUGGACGACCGAAGUGUAAAGGCAGAGUUGACUGCUGCUCAGCAAGAGAUGGAGAAGAUCAAGCAGGGAGGAAGUGACAUCGAUGUGGUCCCUCUCUGCGAGGUGGAUGCCGAGGUCGCGGAGCGCUGCGCUAGCGAGCUCCUGCCCGAGCUGGAGUUCAGCCCUGACGUGACGUUGCUGCGCGAUGCCGGCGGCGAGUCCGAGCCGUUCACUCUGGAUGCGCCCGCGCGCGGUAUGAGGCCUGCGUACUGCGAGGGGCUUGUCUACGUCACCGGCGAAUGGCCCCAAGUCGCGGCAGAUGCGACAGCGACGGAGGAACCGCUCGAGCCAGAAGAAAUUCUCGUCGAAAUUGAUGAGGAUGAAGAGGCUGAAGAGGCUGAAGCUGCUGAGUGCGAUGUGGGCGAAGAGUUGUUGGACGAAGCCCUGGCCGGGGAGUUCGAGGCGACAGACGAGACGGCAGACUUCCAAGUCGGAGACACGGUGCAGGCAUACUGGCCUGAAGAUGAGGAGUACUUGCCGGCUACUAUCAUCGAGGCGCAUGAUGAUGGGUCGUUCCAGAUUGUCUGGGAUGCAGACGGAUCGGAGAGCCACAUUCAGGCUGACUACCUCCAGCAUGUCGCAGAUUCGCUCGAGCCUGAGGAGCCAAAGGCCAAGCGGGCACGCUACUCAGAGAUGCGAUGUGAGUGGGGCGAUUUCGGAUUUCCCCACCGUCCCAGCAAUGGACCUGGCUCGAGCGCGGAGGAAGCGUCUUCAGCAACGCUUCUCGUCCUUCUCCUCCUCUACCAGUCAGCUCCUCCCGGCCGCCCAUCUGGUUGGACGACUUUUUGUACUCCAGCCUCCAAGGGUGCCCUGGAGAGUGGCUUGCAGAGGACGCGGGACUGGCGUACUUGCCAUGCAGCCGUUGCUGCGUCCGCUGUAGACAGCAGGCCCGUGGGCAAGAGACUCGAGGACAUCGCGUCAGACUUUGCAACCACUGCUGACCUGUCCUCGGUGAAGCAGUCCUUUGAGCAGUUGCUCGAAGAAGGCGUUGUUCUCCAUCCGGCGGCCUACAAGGGACCCCUGAAGGUCUGUGCCACGGGGGGACGCCCAGAAGAUGCCCGCUCCUGGAUGGCAUACAUGGCCGAGAAGAAGGCCGGCUCACCUUCCAACAGCGGCAUCGGGGCCUUCCGAUGUAUUCUCGCCGCUCUCGCGGCGCGUGCCGCGGCUCUUGACAACCUCUUGGCCCAGGACAGCGAGUGCUUCCAAGAUGCCGAGUGUUCUCUGAAUGCCCUGCAGCGGCGAGCUGCGUCGAGGAGGAUUGGCGAACACACGGCCGCUCCGGACCUGGUCAUACCCGGCCUACCGGGCAUGGGAGACCUGCCGGAUGAAGACGAUCCCGUAGAUCAGGACGAUGAAGAUUCCGAGGAGGACUCCGAGGAGGAGACUCCCCAGGAGGAGCCUGAGGAGGCGGACCACAGCCACGACAGCUCGGAACAGCAUCAAGAGGACCAUGCCUCCUCUACCUACCCGGCGGCCCAUGCCAACGCCACCCACUGUAAAGGCGAUGCUGGCGAUGCUCAGCAGUACUCACAAGACCGCAUGUCAAU